AUGCAUGUCUGGCUGAUGAGAGUUGAUAAUGUAGAGGACAGCCACAGUGGCUACGUCGCGCCUCUCGCUAGCGCCUGCACCUACGUCCUACGACAGUCUGCUAUGGCACGCACGUCUGGCCGGCUUCGAUUUGUCUCGUUACAAUUCACUGUCUGCACCACACACCUCGUCGAUUCUCUGCCUGCACCAUGCGAGGUUUGCCACUUCCCUCGCGUGGGCUCGGAGCCAAUCAUCGAGACUCCUCCUCUCGCUGAUUGGUACAUUGACAGGCGAACAGUGCAGUCCACUAGAGUAAACAAUCGGCCACGACAUUUUGCAGCGGCGACCUUCGGCGACACAUGGCUCGUCGCUCUUGCAGACGCCGUCUCCGCGGCGACGGACGUCCCAUCGUCCGGUUGA